AUGCUCCGGCGAUAUGCAUCUCAUGCAGCUGCGCAAUUGCGCAUGACAAUACUGGGAGCACCGGGUUCUGGCAAAGGCACACUGUCGAGCCGGUUGCUCGCGCGCAAUGAGCUCGCCAGCGUCGUUGUGGGGGAUCUACUCCGCAAAGAGGUCAGCCUAGGCACCGAGCUAGGUCUCAAAGCCGAAGCCGUCAUGAGAUCGGGAGGAUUGCUGCCUGACGAAGUGAUCGCACGGUUAAUGCAACCCCACUUGCAGGCACUUUCUGCAAAAGACUGGCUCAUAGACGGCUACCCACGCACAGCACGGCAAGCCCAGCUCUUAGACGACGCGCUCGAGUCGUUUGGCGAUCGAUUGACGCUCAUUGUCAAUCUCGACGUGCCUGAUCGCGUCAUACUUCAGAGGAUAGAGGAGCGUUGGAUUCACGCGCCCUCGGGUAGGACGUACAACCUCUCCUUCAAUCCGCCAAAAGUGGCAGGCAAGGAUGACGUGACGGGAGAAGCGCUAUCGAAGCGGCCUGAUGAUGAUGUCGCGACGUUUGCCAAGAGGCUCGAGAGGUAUCACAAGGAAAACAAGCCUUUGCUGGACUACUACGCCAAGGCGGGAGAUCGUUUGGUGACUGUGCAAGGCGAGACGAGCGAUAUCACAUGGCCGAAGCUCGAAGCGAUCAUCUCGAGCCGGUUCAAGCUGACGCCCAAGUCUGCACAGUGA